GUUUAUUCGUAUAGCACUUGAUUCCCGCAACCUAGAACACCACAUGUAGACGUACAAAUACUUUGCCAAAAGCGCCCAAGUCUGUCCAGAGAGCUCUCCUAGUGUGGAGCGUCAUAGACGCGGUAGAUAUAAUAAAUGGACCUAGUGGCUUCAGCCACAGCGUGUCCCCAUCUCGAAUUCAUAAACAACUGUACACGUUCCAAUCAUGAGGCGAAUACAACUAGUGGGAAGUCAGACCUCCUCAAUGGUGAUGGAAAACUCGAACGGGAACUGUCCCUUACGAGGAGAGUCAGUGGGGGUGACGUGAAUGAAAGGUCGCGUGAUUCGCCCAAGAUUAGUGUGUCUGGUACAUGGAGACCGGUGGGUGACAAAACUCGGGCCCGGAGCAAUACGGCUAAGCUUUUACGACAGGCACGACCAAAGAGCACGGAUAGCGAGAUGGUAGCCUCGAGAAUGGGCGGCUCGGCCACACCGGAGACGACCAAAUUCGAAGAGGUGCCUCUGUUCAAGCAGGCCCAGACCAGCCGCCCCCGCAUUCUACCGUCGAUGUUGUCCAUGGAUGCCCUUCCAGUGAACCUGAAGUCCGUAACUGAGGGAUUUGUCAAGUCUACGGACAUACACACCAGUCGCCACACACCCGGCCAUCAUCUAUCCGCUGGCCGAACUUCGGGCGCAGUAGUGGACAUCGCGUGGUCGAUCGAAGAAGCAAAGCACCUGGGCCAGGCCCAGAUGCAUUUCCCCCACGGCUUCACCGUCACCACGUGCCACAACGGCAAUGUGUAUGUGUCGGGUGUGUGGGCCAACUGGCCCGCAUUCAUCGCAGGGCUGCGGUUUGGAGACCAAAUUCUAAAAAUAAACGACGUGCGUGUACAGGGGCUACGACCAGCACAGGUGUAUGAGUUACUGGCUGCGUCUGACGCCCACGUACUGCGGAUCAAGAGUCACCCCUUCGAACACACCGUCACGGUAGAGCGCCGGGAGAACCCGGAAACAGGGGCACUAGAGAUACUUGGGAUUACUUUCCUCAAGGGCAAUAUCCUGAAGGUAUUGCCUGGCACGGCCGUUGCGCGGAGUGGUUUCACUUUCACGGACCAUUACAUCAUCGCCGUCAACGAUGACAUCGUACUGGGUCUGCCGGACAAGCUGAUUAUGCAGAAAUUCAAGGAAACGGGCUCUGUUGUGAGUGUAACGGUUGUCCACAAGACCCACUUCCUCGAGAUUAUAGGCACCUGUGCGAGCUCGCUGGAUCUGCUGCGGAGGUCAGCGCUAGUGGAUGUGAUGGUGGGCUACUGUCGCUCCCUUUCCCCCGGUGGCCUGCAGUACUACUCGGCAAGGGAAGACGAUGACAAGACGGAGAUUGCGGUGGUCCAAGGCGCCACGUCAUUGGUAUCCAGUUUACAAAAUACAGCAGACACCAUAGGAGCCGAUACUCGCCUACCACCCCGCAAACAACAGCAAUACCAAGACCCCCAGAGCCAGCAAUACAACCCACCAGCCACCAAACACACACAGCCUGAGGGAGGUAUAGCGCGAGCCCGGUCCCCUGCGAUCCAGAAUAGCAGCCGAAGUAACAGCCCUCCACCGUUCCACAGACGCAUGCAAAACGGGCUACUCAAAACAGCCAGCACCACCAAUCUGGCCACGUUCAAGUCUCCGAUGGAGUUCAGCACCACUAUCACGGCAUCGGGUAUAGGUAGGAAGACGUCACUGGCCCAACGCGUAUCGCUGCAGAACUUUACCAGCACGGUCAACAAGGGCGGAACGAGCCAGUAUGUGCGAGAAAACACCUCGGUUAUGGGACUGAUGAGUCCUAAUGCCGGCAUGCGGGAGGUGCAGGUGCAGGUGUCGAGUGCAACCGGCCACUACGGUGCACCGUCACCCCGGAACAAGUCGACGUAUGCUCCAAUCAAGACCUCACGGAGGCGCUUGCAGCGUUCCUCUAGUUCUUUGUCCAUCCAAGGGUUCCACGAGGUGUGA